AUCUACUAUUGAUAAAUUUGGUUCAAUUGUUAUAUUUGUUUACCUAUUAUUGAUUUAGUGUAAUGUUGUUGCACAUGUUUAUAGAAAUAUCAUAACUACAGUUACAUUUUUAAAAUUAAGAAGGAACUAAAAACUUCUAUAACAAUAAUACAUAUGAAAAUCGAUGUAGUUACAUAUGUGAUAUAAAUACGUAGCAUAAAACGAUUUGAAAGGUUUUCAGACAAGUACAUACCUGUCAAGAUAAUUUACUACAAUGAUAAAGAAUUGAUUUUUUAACCUUAAUUUUUUAACUGACUUCACUUUGUAAAAUUCAGGCAACCAUAUAAAUUUAAACGUUUGUUUUACUUUUUGCUAUCAAUUUAUCUAAUUAUUAUCGUUUUAAUAUUAAAAAAUGAGUUCUCAUGGUAAAUUACAAACUGAGAAACUAAGAAAAAAUUUAGAAGCACAAUUGGAUAGACUGGUGCAACAAUUAGAGGAUAUAGAAGAAAACCGAAAUUCACUAGAUGCUGCUGCUUAUGAAGAAGCUAUGCAACUUACAAAAGAAGAUUUACAGGAAUUCAAUGAAAGUUUACAAAGAAUGAUAUCUGGCGACACAACAUUAGUUGAUCAAUUGGGUGCAAUACAACUAGCAAUUCAAGCAGCAAUUAGCGAAGCAUUCAAAACUCCUGCUGUUAUCAGGAUGUUUGGAAAACGAGAGACAUCACAACUUAGAGAACGAUUAGCUCAAAUUGAUCGCGGUGUAAAACUUGGAAAAUUAAGUAAGGAGGUCAGUGAUCAUCAACGUGCAGAGGUCUUAAAUGCAUUAAGGCAGCUUGGAGAGAAAUUGGAACCUCAAGAAUUACAGCUAUUGGAAAAAUUGAUGCUUAGUAACAUUGACACAACAAGUUAUGUGCAAGUAACUGAUAAUGUAGAGAAAGGUCGAAUGGCUAUGGCAGUGGUAGGUGAUGAAGUCAGAACUCAAAAUACUUGAACUGGAAUAUUUUUUCAUAUAAAUUUAUAAUUUUUUACCAAGUUUAUAACAAUUUACAUAAAUAAGGGAACCAAGUAUGUAAAAAGAUUGAUAAAUUAAUAAUAUAUAUUUCAAUAAUAUUGCUAAAUCAAUAUAUGCGUAUAAAUAUGUGUAUAAAUAUGGAAAUAUGUAUUUUCAAUUUUAAAUAUAACUUAGGUUUAUUGUAAGUAGA